AUGCCCACACCUCAACCACAACGACUGGCACCAAUACCUCCCACGCUUCCAAAUGUUUUACACUUUUUCUUUUAUCUUUUUCUCUCUUUUCUUUCCUUGUUUUUUGACGACUUAUUUCGCGAUACCUGUGCAUCUUUUUCUGUCUUGUCCUCAUUCGCUAACUUCCGUUAUUCUGUUUUCAUCGAGGACGAACACACCUUUGUUUAUUUUCGCAAUAUCACUCCCUCACCUUUCUCCCUUCAUUUGUAUUUUACCUUUCCCUCCGCCGUUCUCAUUUGCUUUCUCCUUUCAUUUUUUCUUUCUUUCUUCAUUUCCGUUCUUUCUUUCUUUCUUUCUUUCUUUCUUUCUACUCGGUCUUUCUUUCUUUCCAUUCCUUUCUUUCCAUUCUUUUCUCUUUCUUUCCUCCUUCAUUUCCAUUCUUUCUUUCUUUUUUUCUUUCUUUCUUUCUUUCUUUAUUUCCUUCUUUUAGUUUUUCAUUAUUUCUAUUUUUUUCUUUCAGUCGUUCUUAUUUGCCUUCUCCUUUCAUUUUCUUUCUUUCUUCCGUCAUUUCCAUACUUUCUGUUUCUUUCUUCAUUUUCAUUCUGUCUUUCUUUAUUUAUUUCCUUUCUUUCUUUCUCUCCAUUAUCUCUCUCUCUUUCUUUAUUCAUUUCCAUUCUUUCUUUCUUUCUUUCUUUCUUUCUUUCUCUCACUAUUUCUUUCUUUCACUAUUUCUUUUUUUUUCUUUCCGUUUUUCUUACUUUCUUUCUCCUUCCUUUUUCCUUUCUUCAUUUCCAUUCUUUCUUUCUUCAUUUUCAUUUUUCUUUAUUUCCGUUCUUUCUUUCAUUCUUUCUUAUCAAUUAUCUCCUGUUAAUUCCCCUUUCUUCAUUCUUUCUUUCUUUCUUUCUUCAUUUUUAUUCUGUCUUUCUUUAUUUCCUUUCUUUCUUUUCAUUCUCUCUCUCUUUCUUUCUUCAUUUUCAUUCUUUCUUUCUUUCUUUCUUUCCGUUUUUCUUACUUACUUUCUCCUUUCUUUUUUCUACUUUUCUUCAUUUCCAUUCUUCUUUCUUUCUUUCUUUCUUCAUUUCCUUUCUUUGUUUAUUUUUAUUCUGUCUUUCUUUCUUUCUUUCCCUUCUCUCUCUCUUUCUUUCUUCAUUUUCAUUCUUUCUUUCUUCAUUUCCUUUCUUUCUUUCUUUCUUUAUUUUUAUUCUUUCUUUCUUUCUUCAUUUCCUUUCUUUCUUUCUUUCUUUCUCCACUGCCUUAACCGGGUAUUGA